AUGGCACCGUGUUUGGCACUCUUUCUGAUCUGGGCUGGCGCAUCUGUAUUUCUACUCCUGGAGCCUGUGAAUGGAGAAACUGAAUGUGUUUUCCCAUUCGUGUAUGAAAACAGAAAGUAUUUUGAUUGCACUCGCCGUGGUUCCAUAAUGUACUGGUGUUCUCUAGACGCAGAAUAUAAAGAAAACUGGAAGUAUUGUCGCAACAAAGACUUUGCCCGAUGUUACUUUCCCUUUAUCUAUCAUAACAAAGUUUAUGACAAUUGCACAACACUUGGGAGUUUUAAUGGGAAGCCUUGGUGCUCACUGUCUCCAAACUAUGACGAGGAUAAAGUUUGGAAGUAUUGCUAG